CCGGUGAAGAACGUGCAACGGAAGUUAUCUCAAACCAAAGAAUCUCUGCGACAUCGUAUCGAGAGCGAGCAUCCGAUUCUGUCGUGGAUACAGCCGUGGAUGCGCGAUCGCAUGCACGAGGCCGAGGAGAAUUUCAUCGAGGAGUGCGAAUAUGGCGCGCAUGAAGAAGCUCUCGCGCUCUGCAGCCAUCAGAAUUUCACAAUCUCUGCGACAUCCUAUCGAGAGCGAGCAUCCGAUUCUGUCGCGGAUACAGCCGUGGAUGAGCGAUCGCAGCGCAAGGCCGAGGAGAAUUUCAUUGAGGAGUGCGAAUGGAGUGCGCAUAAAGAAGCUCUCGCGCUCUGCAGCCAUCAGAAUCUCACGCAGACUGUGUAUUUCCUCAAUCGUGAUUUAACUUUCAUGAAAGAGAGAGAGCCUGUUCUCCUGAAAGAACUGCGGAAAGUGAAAACUCCGACGAGGACUUUUCAAUGGCCGACGCAAAUCUGGCUACCGAAGAACUGGAUAAUAAGACGUAAUUUUCAAGGCCAAUUCGAAAUCAUUCCAACCGUACUGAGCAAUACUCCGACUUCUAUCACGACGCCUCGCGCUGAUCCUGGCCAGCCUGUUUUUUUGGUUGAAAGAGAGAUUGUACACACAACUACGACAAGGUGGCCGAUGUGGCUGAAUAAAUUACAUCGUCAGAACGUGGUGUUGGACUUGGAAUGCGAUGUUCCUGUUGGGUAUAGCUGUCCCGUGGUGUAGUCCAGUGUCUUUCCGCGCUCUA